AGGCUUCUUAUCUUAUCCAGCCUCUCUUCUGAAUCCUAAAUACAGCAAAUUAAGUUUUCAUAAUUCAAAUCUCUUGGUACUAAUUUUGGAUUAGGAAUUGUUUUGCCAAAUCCAGGAACAGGCAAAGAGGAAAUUGUGUAAAAAAGGAAAAAAGAAAAAUCAUGAGAGAAUUCUCUUUCUUUAUGAGAAAUUUUCAGCAUCUCCUUUCUUUUCUUGUCCCUUUUCUUGAUAAAGUCCCUUCAAAACUGCUACCUUCCCAAGUUCAGGAUAUGAUUUCUUUUGUUUCUCGCACAGGCCGUAAUCUCCAGCGUUAUGAUGGAGGCUGUCGCCAAGUUGUAGGAUGUAUUCCAUACAGAUAUAAGAGAAGUAAUAGUGAGUCAUUAUCAGUCGAUGAAACUAACAGUGAUGAUGAUCAUAUAGAAGUUCUUGUCAUCAGUUCACAAAAGGGUCAAGCAAUGAUGUUCCCUAAGGGAGGAUGGGAAACGGAUGAAACCAUGGAACAAGCAGCACUGCGGGAGACACGAGAAGAAGCAGGAGUGAUUGGCAGAGUUGAAUGUAAAUUGGGUAAAUGGCAAUACAUGAGCAAAAGGGGUGCUAUAAUGCAUGAGGGCUACAUGUUUCCUUUGCUUGUUGAGAAGCAAUUAGAGCUCUGGCCUGAAAAAAAUGUCCGAAAGCGAAGAUGGGUGACUGUCAAGGAAGCCAGAGAAGUAUGCCCUCAAGUGUGGAUGAGAGAAGCUUUAGAUGAAUUAGUAAGGCGGCAGUCCAAUACAUUAUCAUCAACAACAGAAAGAGGAACAAAAUAAAAGAACAAACCUGUAAAUGGAACACUGCUAGUGGCUAAUUGCUUCUGGUUUUGUGCAUAACCAAGAAGAAAGUGUACAGAACAUCUUGUAGAUUGACAAAUACAAAUGUCUCCCUUGUGUACAAAUCUUGAUCAAUUAAUUUGAUUCUUUCAAUUCACUA